AUGCAUCCUCAUAGGCAAUUGUGGAGACCAAGACAUGCUCCACCACCACCUAAAGCUUCUUUGGACGAUGCAGAGGUCAUACCAUUAGCUUACGUCUCCAUAUUCUCCAAGUUGACUUUCACUUGGGUGACGCCGAUCAUGGAGAAAGGUUACCAACGCCCUCUCCAAGCUACUGAUCUUUGGAAGAUGGAUCCCUCUCGAGAGGCUGGGUAUCUCUCGCAAAAGUUCAUCGAUUCAUUACGCAAACGACAGGAAACGGCAGCGACGUGGAAUGCCAAUUUAGCGACGAUACGUGCCCCAUGGAGAAAACGAAUGGUUUGGUCAUUCAUGGCUUUACUACCCUAUUCCUCGCUCGAUGGGCAAGAUCCUAAACGCAAACAACAACCACGCUUGUAUGCUGAGAAACGGAAGGCGUUGGAGGAAGAAUGGCGUACUGUGAGCGGACGAAGAAGCGGGAGUGUGACUUGGGCAUUGAAUGAUGUCAUGGUUGGUUUUUGGGCUGGAGGAUUAUUCAAGGUCGUUGCAGACACAGCGCAACUGAUGGCUCCACUCAUUACCAAAGCACUCAUCAGAUUUAGUCAAGAAGUUUACGCUGCCAGGGCGAACGGAACUCAUCAACCAAAUGUUGGAAGAGGUAUCGGUAUGGCAUUUGGACUUUGGGCAUUGGUCAUCACUCAAUCGGUCUGUCAACAUCAGUUCUUCUUCCGUUCCAUGGCUAUUGGAGCCCUGAGUCGAGCGACUUUGAUGAGUGCUGUCUUCACGCAAUCUUUGUCAUUGUCGGUCGAAGCACGGGUACAUCAUCCUCAAGGGCAUAUUAUGUCUUUACUUAACAGCGAUAUCUCUAGGAUUGAUUAUUGCGCCCAAUGGUUUCACGCUAUAUGGACUGCUCCUAUACAGCUACUCGUCUGUCUGAUAUUGCUCUUAGUGCAGAUCGGACCCUCCGCACUCGUCGGCUUCUCUCUGUUUAUCCUCAUUGCUCCAUUGCAGACAUGGUUCAUGAAGAUGAGCUUCAACCUUCGUAAAAAGUCCAUGCUCUGGACAGAUGGACGCGCCAAGUUGCUUCGGGAGCUCUUAUCUUCAAUGCAAAUUAUCAAGGUCUUCACGUAUGAGAUUCCUUUUUUGAAGAAACUUUGGUUUAUUCGGAGACGUGAACUGGUCGGUAUUAGGAAAAUCUUGAUUAUUCGUGCCGCCAACCAAGCAAUGGCAUUCAGUAUACCUACUCUCGCUGCUGUAUUGUCGUUCGUCACGUAUGCUUCAACUCACUCGUCUUUCGAUCCGGCAUUGAUUUUCACCUCACUUGCACUGUUCAACCUUCUCAGACAACCCCUCAUGUUCCUCCCUCGAGCACUUUCGACAUUCACCGAUGCUCAAAAUGCCAUGGAACGUCUGACGGUGCUAUUCGAAGCCGAAUUGGGAACCGAAGAUAUCGAGAUCGAUCCAACACUGGACGUAGCCAUCCGCGUUGACGAUGCAACCUUCGCCUGGGCCGCUCCACCUCCUGUGGAGGAAGAUAAGAAGUCUACAAAGGCAAAUGCAGGCCCAGUGGCUUCUGAAUCGAGUGAACCUUUCUGCCUGCCUCACCUGUCCUUCGAGAUACCGCGGGGACAGCUGGUGGGUAUUGUUGGACCGGUCGGAAGUGGGAAGAGUAGUAUCUUACAAGCUCUGAUUGGCGACAUGCGCAGACUGAAGGGAUCAGUCUGCUUUGGCGGGAAGCUUGCAUACUGUCAGCAGAAUGCGUGGAUACAGAAUGCCAGUCUACGAGACAAUGUACUUUUCGGUCAGGCAUGGGAUGAGCAUCGAUAUUGGAAAGCUAUCACGGAUGCCAGCCUAGUGGCGGACCUCGAGAUCUUACCGGACGGAGAUUUGACUGAGAUCGGAGAGAAAGGAAUCAAUCUGUCUGGAGGGCAGAAACAACGGGUCAACAUUGCUCGUGCAUUAUAUCACGACGCCGACAUAGUCCUCUUCGAUGACCCUUUGAGUGCCGUGGACGCCCACGUCGGCAAAGCCUUGUUCGAAAAUGCUAUCCUAGGUCUAAAACAGCAAGGUCGCACAGUCAUUCUUGUUACGCACGCUUUACACUUCUUAUCAAUGGUCGACGUCGUUUUCGCUAUACAACAAGGAAACAUUGUUGAACGAGGCACUUACAACGAGCUAAUGAGCUCGGAAGGUCCAUUCGCUAGACUCAUCGCUAGUUUGGGUCUGUCAUCGAAAGAAGAGGAACAGGAGAACGAAGAGACCAUCGAAGAGGAAGCUGUUGUUCUCGAUGGACAGAAGCCUGAAGUGGCCGCCAUACCUGCAAAACUCACCCGGAAGCAUAUGGGCAAGGCAGCAGGUACUGGCAAACUAGAGGGUCGCCUCAUGGGCUCUGAGGUUCGGAAGACCGGUUCGAUUGGAGGAAAAGUCUAUGGCAAAUACUUCCAGGCCGGUGGAGCUAUCUGGACAGGACCGCUUAUUAUCAUGAGUGGUGUGAUCAUGCAAGUGUCACAGGUCUUAUCUGCAGUGUGGUUGACUUGGUGGCAAGACGAUCAUUUCAAUCUGUCGCUUGGCGUUUAUGAGGGAGUCUACGCCGCCCUCGGUCUCGGUCAAGCGCUUUUCACCUUUGGACUCGGAGGCAGUUUAGGCUUGCUCGCUUAUCUGGCAUCGAAUCAUCUUCAUCAUAAAGCUUUGGAGCAUGUAUUCCUAAGUCCGAUGUCUCUUUUCGACACGCAACCUCUGGGAAGAAUAUUGGGUGUUUUUGGCAAGGACAUAGACACUAUCGACAAUCAGUUGGCCGAAUCCUUGAGGUUACAAGCCAUCACCCUGAUCUCGUUGACCGGUUCGGCCAUUAUCAUCACCGUCUACUUCCAUUAUUUCAUUCUUUUUUUCUCCUCUUUCCUCUGGAUUGUACCGCUGACUUUCAACAGUGUCAUGUUCUACCAGGCAUCAUCACGGGAAUUAAAGCGUCUCGACUCUUUGCUUCGGGGGCUGUUAUACGCCCAUUUCUCGGAAUCGUUGUCGGGUUUAGCCACUAUCCGAGCAUACGGAGAGAAGGCUCGUUUCAUCAAGGACAACACCUACUACAUGGAUUUGGAAGACAGAGCCUAUUUGUUGACGACCACAAAUCAGCGAUGGCUCGCUGUCCGUCUUGAUCUUUUGGGAGGAUGUAUGGUCUUUGCAGUAGGCAUCAUGGCGGCUAAAGGCGGCGCUGGAUUGCUUCCAUCUCAAAUCGCCCUCUGUCUUACCUACAUGACAUCACUCGUUCAGAUUUUCGGUCAGGUGGUCCGUCAAUCCGCCGAAGUGGAGAAUCACAUGAACGCUGUGGAAAGAGUCUUGUUCUACUCAGAACCAACGUCUUUGCCUCAAGAGCCACCUCAUUUGAUUCCUGCCACUCAACCGGCUGAUUCUUGGCCAGAACAUGGUGCAAUCGACUUUGAAGAUGUGGUCAUGUCCUACCGCCCUGGGUUACCUGCCGUCCUCAAAGGGAUCUCCAUGAGCAUCCGCGAAGGUGAGAAAGUAGGUAUCAUAGGACGGACAGGAGCUGGAAAGACCUCCAUCACGGUCACCCUCUAUCGACUUGUAGAACUCACUUCGGGUCGUAUCAUCAUUGACGGAGUCGAUAUCUCCAAACUUGGUCUGAAUACAUUACGAUCGAGGAUUGCUAUCAUACCCCAAGAUCCUGUAUUGUUCAGCGGUACCCUACGUAGCAACCUCGAUCCCUUCGACCAACAUCCAGAUGCGACACUGUAUGAUGCUUUGAGACGAGCGUGUUUGAUCGAAGAUGACGCAGAGUCCAUGACGGAGAAAACACCGGGUCGGACGUCGCAAGGACGUUUCACGCUCGACAUGCCUGUUGAGGAUGAGGGUAUGAACUUGAGUGUUGGAGAGAGAUCGUUAGUCAGUUUGGCACGUGCUUUGGUCAAGAAUGCACAGAUUGUGGUUUUGGAUGAGGCCACUGCUGCUGUCGAUCUCGAGACGGAUUACAAAAUCCAACAGACCAUCCAUCGCGAAUUCAAAGGCAAGACAUUAUUGUGUAUCGCCCACAGGUUGAGGACGAUCAUUUCUUGGGACAGGAUUUUAGUCAUGAAUGCUGGUCAAGUCGAGGACUUUGACACUCCGUUGACUUUGUUUGAUGCGGGAGGUAUGUUCAGGUCAAUGUGUGAAAGAUCAGGCAUCACGAGGGAAGAGAUUGAAAAAGCGCGAGCGGCGAAUGCAUGACCGGAUUCAUGGGAGUUCCUGAUUGGAACAAUGUUGGUUGUAAGGAGUCAUUGGUUUUUUAGACAUAGAUUGCAAGUACAUAU